AUAUUUACUAUGAAAAUUCACAGGCUCUGAUACCAUUUACAGGAUCUAUUAGGCUGGGGUAUGCCACUCAGCCUACCAGACCAUAUAAUAAUAUCGGAUUAAGCCAAAGUCGGAAGACCGAACCAAAGCACCGGGACCCAUACCAUAUUAAUGGGUGAUUCGAUUUACCCGCCUGAGAAAAACCCAAAAUCGUCUUAUAUCAUACUAAAGCACCUCAUAGUCUUUCCUCGAUCAUCAAACCAAAUCACUCUAUAUCAAUUCGGUUAAAAUAAAGCAUAUUCUUCCCGAGUCCUCCCCCAAAACAAAUUUUUGCUAAGCUGUGUCAUUUUCUUGCAUUUUCUCAGGUCUCUGUUGCAUGUUUUAAUAUCAUUGUUAGUAACGACCUGAUAAACUUACACUUAUCUCUAGACUAAUAAAGAAACCCACCCAUUUCAGUUCCAAAAAAGGGUCAAUUGGGUUUUUCUUUUUGUUGCUCUGAAAUCAUGGAUCUUUGGUCUGUACAUGUUAAAAACACCAAUCUGCUACUCAGAAAUUCAAAGCACUUUGUUUUUGGCCAUUUGAAAUGUGAAAAUUUGAAGGUGCUUGAGGUCAGACUACCUAAAAGACACCGUUUUUCUGGUUCUUUACUGGUUAACGCAAUGGGUAAGAAAAAUUCCGACAAUUCCAAUUCAGGGAAGGGCCCAGAAGAGGAUAGCUUAAAAGGGAGCAACCCAUCUUCUGAAAAUGAUGGCUCCAAAAAUACUGGUGCUCAGAAAUUUCAUCAGAAGCCCUUGGACUGGAGGGAAUUCCGAGCAUCUCUCUACAUUCAGGAGCUGGAAGCAAAUGAAGUCUCUGAUACUCACAAGCAAGAGGGAACAAAUUUUGGUCCCAAAGUUCUACCCUUGAAGUGGGCACAUCCAAUUUCAGCACCUGAGAAAGGCUGUGUUCUUGUUGCCACUGAAAAGCUCGAUGGAGUUUGUAGUUUUGAAAGAACUGUAGUUCUCCUCCUCAGAUCUGGAACAAGGCACCCGCAAGAGGGUCCAUUUGGUGUAGUCAUUAACCGCCCACUAGGAAAACAGAUCAAACAUAUGAAACCCACAAAUCUCGACCUGGCAACAACCUUUGCUGAUUGUUCCUUGCAUUUCGGUGGCCCCCUUGAGGCAAGUAUCUUUUUACUUAGAUCAGGGGCUGGUUCAGAGCUACCUAGGUUUGAAGAGGUCAUUCCUGGCGUGUGUUUUGGUGCUCGAAACAGUUUGGAAGAAGCAUCUGCAUUGGUAAACAAAGGGGUGCUUGAACCUCAAGAUUUUAGAUUCUUCGUUGGCUAUGCAGGGUGGCAGCUUGACCAGCUGAGGGAAGAGAUUGAAUAUGGCUAUUGGUACGUUGCUUCAUGUAGUGCAAAUCUGAUUUUUGCAGGUUCAGUAACUUCAUCAUCAGAGAGUUUGUGGGGAGAGAUAUUACAGUUGAUGGGUGGUCAGUAUUCGGAAGUCAGUCGGAAGCCUAAGCAAGAUAUAUAGCUUCUCAAUUAUCACUUUUGUCAAACUGACCAGUCAGGUUGAUAAAAAGAGAAGUUUGUGUGAAGGUCAAAUGUACAUAAUGAUGGCACAGGUGGUAAUCUAUUUGAGCUCUCAUCUUCCAUUUCUGCGUCUCUCCUAGACCUUGCUAAUAAGUUAUGAUCAAUGUAUGUAAAAGAUAACUCUUUGGCGGAUCCUAGCAUGAUUAGUUUAACGUGUCAUUGCUUCUCUAUUUCUCUCCUAAAAUUUCUCAUUUUAGGAAAAUUUUGUGCAAA